CAUUUUGACAGGCCGUUUUGGCAAAUCGCAUGAAAAUUUCAAUGUGUUCACAUGUGGAAAACGUGCACUUUCCUCAUUUGCCCCAAUCACGAUAAAGAAAACCGAUAGAAUUGUGUGAUAAGGUACAAUCAGUGAAGCAUUUGUGAAUGUUUAUAUUGCAAUCAACUGUGAGAAUCUGUCGUUAUCGGCUAUCAGAAAAAUUCCAUCAGUUUCUUUCCGUCUCGCCGUUGUCGUCAGCAGUUCAUUCGAAGAUGGUGAAACAAGGUCCACGACCACUUGUGAUUUGUGGCCCAUCGGGCAGUGGCAAAAGUACUCUGCUCAAGAAGCUCUUUAAGGAAUUUCCAGAGACUUUUGGCUUUAGUGUCUCACAUACGACACGAAAGCCACGUCCUGGAGAAGAAAAUGGCAUUCACUAUCAUUUUGUCUCGGUGGAGGAGAUGCAGAGUGCCAUUGAGAGGAAUGAAUUCCUAGAGACAGCUACAUUCAGUGGGAAUAUGUAUGGGACAAGCAAAAGGGCUGUUCAGAGUGUUCAAUCAAUGGGGAAAGUCUGUGUGUUGGAUAUUGAGAUUGAGGGUGUUAAGCAAAUCAGAAAUUCUGAUCUCAAUCCACUGUUGGUCUUCAUAAAGCCACCGUCCAUUGAGGAGUUGGAACGUCGUCUCCGGGGAAGGAAUACAGAAACAGAGGAGAGUCUGCAGAAGCGUCUCAAUACGGCCAAAUGCGAAAUUGAAUACGGAAGCGUUCCGGGAAACUUUCAUAUUGUCAUACACAAUCGACAGCUGAAGCAAGCUUACCAGGAACUGAGGGAUUUUGUGGUGAAGGAGUUGGAGACGCAGCGUGAGGAAGGUACUCAUGUGAUUUUAACUCGAUGUGAAAAUGCUGUUGAUUCAUCUUGAAUUACUCACAAUUAUCCCACCUCCCUUUAAUUACUUGAAUGGUUUUUUUGUGACUUUCAUCACAUUUUUACACGUUUGUUGAAUUUCUUUGAACUAAAAAUUCACUAAUUGUUGGAAGUUUUUGCUGUAAGGAGAAAUAAAUAGGUUAAGACUUCAGGCUUCGCACAUGCUGUAGCUAGCUUCGGACGCUUCGUGUUUUCUCAUAUUCCUUUAUGAAUCUGAUAUAACUUUUUCAGGAAAUGUCUGACUUAAAGCUAGCUAUUGAUGUUCGAAGCCACAGUUUGUCCGAAGCCUGAAAACCUACCCCUAACAAUCAAAACCAGAACUCUUUGAAAAGUUCAACAAAAUGGACAAAUUUUGUGUGUUGAAAAAGGUUUUGAUCAGGGGUAAACAAGGACCAUUUGGAACCGAAUAAACGUCAAAAUAAUUUCGUCCAGGUAACCUUUUGAUCAUUGACGUACAAUUUUCAUUUGACAUUUCUUCGGUUUCAAACGGUUCUUGCUCACCUCUGGAUUUGAUUAACAAUAUUCAAUAUACCGGAAAUGCAAUAAAUAAAUACAGAAAGAAAAACAUUCCAUGACAUCUCUGUAGAUUGUGAAAUAUUUCUUUGUAGAAUUAGAGAAAGAAGUAGAAAAAUUUUUAGAAAAAGAUUUAGAAAAAAGACAUUACUAGGUUAAUUUUUGAAGAAAGCCUGCGUUCACAAGUAGCCUUUAAUAUUCGAAAAUUCCCUAAUUCGAAAUUAUUCUUGAAAACACUAAAAAAAAGGCUAAACUUAAAUUUAAAGCUCCAGAAAAAUUGACAACCCGUUUAUGCACUAACUGUACGUCAAACUCAAAAUCUAAAACUACCAAUUUGAAUUCCAGAGUUGUAAUUUGGAUUUAAAACUUCUCAAUUCGAUUUCUAAUGGUUCCGGCACAUCUUUUAGGUCAGGAAAAUUCCGUGAAAUUUAAAUUCACAUAAUUUUCUCUUUCAAACGUUUUGCAUAUCUCUAUCUCACUUUUCCUCUCUCAAAAUUUAAUUGAACUAAAUCAAAUUUUGCGUAAUGUUCAAAAGAAUAAGAAGAGUGCGAAAUAGUAGGACGGCCUUUAACAAACAAUUUGAGAAGGAAAAGAAUGUGAAUUUCGAUUUUAUGAAAUUUUCUUGAUCUUAAAGGUUUGCCAGUGCCAUAAACUUUCAAAUCAAGGAUAAAAUCGGUCGAACUUUUACUUCGAAAACCUCGAAAACAAGGGCAACAUUAUAAUUUUUCUUCGAUAGUAUCGACUGUCGAUUUUGAAAAACUGAAGUAUUAGCCAUACUUUUUGUAGUUAUGAAUAUUCAUGACAGUCACAUUCUUUUAAAAAUGGAUCAAUUAAUGGUCCAAUAAUGCAUAAAAAGCUGUCAUUCAGUAAAUCCAACAGAUCUAGAUUUAUUGAUACUGUCGAAUCGAUAUUGUCGAAUUAGUGCAAAUUCUAAACUCCUUAAAAUAAAUUUAUAGGAACUUCAUAUUCGAAAUGUACGUAACAUUUUCAACAAUGCGUAAAAAGUCGACAUUCUCUUAAUAUCAAUACUAUCUAUUCGAUAGUAUCGAAAAGUUAUCAUUCCACCCAUGAAAAUAUCUCUUAUUUUUACGAACAAAGUACCCUAAUAUUUUUCUUUGUAAUGUCAUUUUUGAUCUUCGAAAAUCCGCUUUGACAAUUGUCAAAAUAUGUAUUUUCGAACAAAGUGUGCUAGAAGCGCUCCAGCGGGAAGCACACUAAUUCUAGUAAUUUCGAAGAAACCUCCGAAUUUCGAAUUGGUGACAAGGUAGCUUGUGAACGCAAGGAGAAACGAUCUUGUAGGUGAUAUUUAUAUAGCAACAUGAUAAUUCCCCAAAUAACAACUAAAAAAAAUCCAAUGGAAAUUUAGCAUUCUCAAUAGAACAACGUGACACAGAAGACUAAUAAGAAUGAAAAAAAAGAAGUUAUUAAAUGUUAUGCCAAAAAGCAAGUGAGUGUUGUGAAAAUAAUAUUAAAAAAAAACCAUAAUGCAACGCAAUGCAGUGAUUCUUUUCUGUUUUUUUAAAGCAUGCUAAUGAGGUUUUGCUAAAAGUUGAUGAUCUUUUGGUGAAACAUUUUGAUGAAAUAAAUUAUUUUGUUAUUAUUAGCACCACUCAUCAUAAAAGAUUACAAGAAUUUGGACCAAGAGUGAUCAUCUGCAGAAAAGAAAACAACAAAAGAAAUUGUAUAAUUUCCAUUUGAACAUGAAAAAUUAAAAUAAACUGCAAACAUUAUGUGAAAAUCGUUUAACACGAAUUGGUGAUGACUUUAAAAGAAAUGCCAUAUAUCCAGUUUUUGUAUUAAAAAUCAAAAAUAUAAUAAAAAUCAUAAUUUUUAUACCUAAAGAAUUUGAAUUGUAUUAAUAAUGAUUUUGUACAAUGAGGUUAAAAGUCAAUACUGUAUUUAAAUGUGUGUAAAUUAUAAAAGAAAUAAAAAAUUAAAUAAAAGUUCAAUUUUCAACUUUAAA